CCGGGAUUCGGUUUAGAUCAUUGACAUUGUUGUAAUGGGUUAUCUCUUCUCUAAACUCUGGAGUCUCUUUAAUCAACAAGAACACAAGAUUAUUGUUGUUGGGUUGGAUAACGCGGGAAAGACGACGAUACUUUACCAGUUUCUCAUGAACGAAGUAGUUCACACAUCUCCCACUAUUGGCAGUAACGUCGAAGAGUUUCAGUGGAAGAAGCAGCGAUUUCUUAUGUGGGACAUUGGGGGGCAAGAUUCACUGCGGGCUUCAUGGCAUACAUACUAUCAGAACACUGAUUUUCUUAUUAUGGUGAUUGACAGCACAGAUAGAGAGCGAUUACACGUAUCGAAGACAGAAAUGUAUCAAAUGCUUGCUCACGAUGAUCUAAAGAAAGCUGGACUUCUCGUAUUUGCAAACAAACAAGACUUGGAAGGCUGCAUGAGUUCUGCAGAAAUAUCACAACAGCUGAAUCUCCAAUGUAUCAGAGACCACGGCUGGCACCUUCAAAGUUGCUGUGCUCUUACAGGCGAAGGGUUAUAUCAAGGACUUGAAUGGAUUUGCAAAUCUUUAGAAAAAUAAUAUCUGUAUGAUGUCAAUAGUUUUUUGUAGAUAAUAUGCAGAUUAGUAAAGUUUGAUUACUAAAAUUAAAUAUUAAGGGUUUGCAUGUAGUAGAGAGUCAUUUGUAACUCUUAUAUCUUUAGCAGGAUUACUAUUCAUACAAUCUAAUGCAAACGUAGUAUUUUAAA